AUGUCGUCAAAUCAGGCCUGCACGAACUACCAAUACGUCGUCACCUCAUCUGGACCAAAGAUUCUUCCUGUUGACGAGGCAUCUACCAAGUCUGAAGAAAGCCCUGCAGAUUACAAUGCAGGUGGUUAUCUUCCUAUAAAGCUCGACGAUACUUUCAAACAUGGCCGUUAUCGGGUCAUCAGAAAAUUAGGAUGGGGUCAUUUUUCGACUGUGUGGCUUGUCAAAGACCAAGAACUUGGCCGACACUCUGCUCUGAAGGUUGUCAAAUCUGCCGGACGAUACGCUGAGACUGCCAGAGAUGAGAUCAAGCUAUUAUCUCGUGUGGCUUCCUUUUCGCCUACUCAUCCGGGACGACAACAUAUAGUGUCUUUCAUCGACUCAUUCUCGCAUGCUACUCCAGAAGCGUCCCACGUCUGCAUUGUUUUUGAACCACUAGGAGAGAAUUUGUUGGCUCUGAUUGAACGUAACAAGAAGAAAGGCGUUCCUCGUGCCCUAGUCAAACUUAUAGCUCACCAGGUCCUCCUCGGGCUUCAGUACCUCCAUGACGAAUGUGAUCUUGUCCAUACUGAUAUAAAGCCGGAAAACAUUUUAAUAUCCAUACCCGAUAUCGAAGCACAUAUUUUCAAUGAGCUUUCCCAAUGCCCCUCUCCGACCUCUCGCAGAGUCGGUGUUCCCUUACCAACAAAGUCGAGAUCCGGGGUAACCGUUUCUUUGAGUCAGCGCGGUAGCCGCCGUCAAGUUCAGAUUUUUGACUCACAACCGUUAUCAAGUCCAGGACGUAACAGCUUGAGUAUGAGCUUUGGCCGAUUUGGAAGCGGUGGUAGUACUGCUACCAGUCCGAAUGGGAGCUAUAUAAGCCAGAACAUGCCUAUCAAUAGUUCUAUUGCCGGAAGCGCGGUUCCCAAGAUGAGCACCAGUGCACCGAAGGUGCCGAGUGGCCUCUCUUCGUCAAAUCUAGGUAUUGAACCUCUGACUAUCAGUAAAUCAACGCCCAAUAUCAAUCCCACCCAAAUUGCCCCCAUUGCACCCAUUAGCUUAAAUUCUCCUUCUGGUACAUCUUCAUCUUCAUCAUCGAUCGCAUCUACAUCAGCAUCUACCUCCAAUGGUGCAGAAACAUGCAGUAACUUCAGCACACCUCCCACAUCCUUGUCACAUUCCCUAGGAAAUGUACUCGGUAAUUCAUUGAUGUUGUCGUGGACCGCUCCCCACCCGAAAGAAGAUCUGGGAGUAGGCGAGAAAAGCUUAAGACCCACCGAAUCUAUCGCUAUACCGAUCAACGGGAAGAAAGGUAAAGGGAAGGCGGUUACUACGAUCGACCCUUCAGAUACAACAUCACUUUCGUGGAAGGACAAGCUCGCGAUAAGUGGCGCAUCAUGGAAAGACCGGAUAUCCGCUUUUUCCUCGUCUUCCUCCCACAAAUCAUCCCUAAGCAGCAGUAAUUCCCAAGUAAGCCGUCCAACGCAGGGGCAUUCACGAUCACAUUCAGGUUUACCUGGAUCAUGGAAAGAUCCAGGACUUGCUGCACCAGCGCCCGCGGUUGUGGUUUCUGCCGUCAUCACGGCUGAUGGCGAGAAGGAUGGCGACUUUUUCCAGAUAGCUGGGGCUAGUAGUAGUCUGUCCGGGAGUAGCAUUAGCUCCUCUUCCACUGUGUCUCAAAGCUCCUCUGCUACAACGACGCUGGCAAGACCCUCUCCUUCUGGUACUGCCCGUCCUUCACCAGAACCUACUCCCAUCACAUCCCAAAUUAAACCUCUUCCUGAUAUUACUAUCUCGACCCAACCCCGAGUCGAACAUAAACUGCAAAAUCCCAAUCAUCCUUCUUUACUCUCCCAGACCGCCCCUCCCAGAGAUAAUGCGACGUCAUUCGAUAUUCAAGAGACUGAACGCUUUCGCUCUUCUCCCCAGCUACAUGGCUCUCAAAUAUCUGCCCACAUGAAUCAACUCCCUCCUCCCGAUUACCCAUCCACUGCUUCUUUCCAACCCCCAACGCUUGUUUCUGUCGCCGAACCCACAAAACCUAAGAAUAAAUCUACACACUCACAGCGUAAAUCAUCCUCUCAUAAGGUCGCUCCCAUUGAAAUAAAAGUGCAACAAUCUCCUCCCACUCCUCCGCCGUCACCAAAUCCGUCUUUCGUUUCCCCCUCGGUGCACUCUCCGCUUACUGACGUGAAUAUAAAUCAGUCAGCAACUCAGCCGGUGGACGUCCCGUACCAUCCACUUCCACCACCUCCACCUCCUACGUUUUCUCCACCCGUCUCCAUAAAGAUUGCCGAUUUAGGGAAUGCCACACCCUCGAAAAAACAUUACACUGAGGACAUACAGACAAGACAAUAUCGUGCGCCAGAGGCUAUCAUAGGCAGAAAGGAUUGGGAUGCCCGAGCAGAUAUAUGGAGCGUUGCCUGCGUGGUAUUUGAACUCUUGACUGGGGAGUACCUCUUUGAUCCCCAAGCCCAGGGAGGACUUUUUACCAAAGAUGAUGAUCAUAUGGCUCAGAUCAUCGAACUGAUUGGUGACUUCCCUCUGACAUGCAAGAUGGGGGGCAAGUACAGUCGGGAUUUGUUCGAUCAUACCGGCUCGUUGCGAUAUAUUAAAUCACUCAAACCUUGGCCUCUUAAACGUGUUAUGACUGAGAAGUAUUCUUACUCUGAUUCGGACUCGGAGGCACUGUGCGGGUUCCUGUUACCGAUGCUCGCGACUGAUAUGAAGAAACGCGUUCAUGCGCGGGAUAUAAUUGACCAUGAGUGGUUAACGGUUACCGAAGCUGACGACACCACAGGAGAGUGGUAA